AUGGAUUUUGAAAAAGUGAAUUUUUCUGUGCUAAAACUCAACAAAGAAUCCAGAAAGAGUGGAAACAUUUACCUGCAACGCCUGACACAUAGUGUUUAUUCCAUUUUGCAGUCUGAGCUACUAACUAAGUGCUAUGAUCUUAUAAAUAUACUGCAAUGCCCUUCUGUAUUGGAUGAUUUGGAUUAUUUGAUACCAAGGGCUAAUAUCAAUGAAGUUCAAACAGGCUUGCCUCCAUUUUCCAUGGAGAGGCUCAAGAAAAAAAUUAUUAACCUACACUUACCUCAGGGAACAAGUGUAUUUACUGUCCAGCUGCCUGAGAGUCAGCCUAAAUUUGAGUAUCGGAGAUCAGGAAUAGUUCUUCGACAAGCGGUUAUAAAAGGGGAAGUGGAAAGUUUAUUUGUUUCAGGUGUAGAACAUGAUAGUCCAGCAAGCAAAGUGAUGGAUUUACAUAUGGGUGAUUGUAUCUACGCAAUAUCUGGCUACCCAUUGGACUGGCAUACUCUGGAACAAUUAAGGCAUAAGUUGAUUGAAUUAGACGGACUGUCACCGAAUUCAAAUAUCUAUGAACUAGCAACUUAUUUACUUAACAGACCUUAUCAAAAUCCUAAGAUUUCUUGGAAAAAUCAUGACUCAAAUAAUACUGGUAUAUUCAAAGUUACUACCGAUAUAAAAAAUUCAGUAGUUUUCGAACCACCAGUGCUUAUUCUUUUCCGUUAUCCCAAAACGAGUUUUCUAUGGAAAGAUCAAAGUGAAAACGACGAAUUAAUGAGACCAAUGAAUACUGUUAAACAAGAUACAGUUAAUUGCUAUGAAACGGUGCUUGAAAACAAUCCAGAUGAUACAGGAUUGGGUUUACAGAUAGGAUGCGAUGAAGAUGACAAAGGCAUCUAUAUUGUUUCCAUAUUCAAAAAUAGCCAAGCUGAAAAGGAUGGUGUUCUGAAAGAAGGAGAUCAUAUAAUUGAGGUAAAUUAUCAGAACAUUGAAGGUUUGGAAGCCAAACAGGCCCUAAAAAAAGUUAAAAGCGUCUGUCGAAAUGCAAAAUUCGUACAUAUAAAGUGUUCCAGAAAUCUAAGAGCAGAUGAUUGUAAAUCCGCAGUUACAGAUGAAUGCAAAGAAAUAAAGUCGGAAGAUACAGUGGUAAUAAGCAACGAAGAUCAAGGUGUAUCACGUCAUGAAAGCUGCAACCAAAAAGACAAUAAUCAUCAGACUGCAAACACAACUACUGGUUCCAUUUCACAAACUGAGCCAGGCAGUAAGGAUAAUGCAGAAAACAGAUAUCCAAAUAUUAAAGACCAAAAUGGUGAUAAUGAUGACGAAAGUAUCCUGGGUAAAUGGUCAGAUAUGUUUGAUCCCGAUGUUAACAUACUGUUGGUACAUUAUACUAUGGAAAAUUCAGACUGUGGUUUAGGCAUUGGAAUUGAAAGUAUUGUACAAGAUGAAGAAUUAGUUGGUGGACAUCAAUAUCAUCAUUACAUAGUAGAAAUAAAUUCGGAAGGACCGAUCGGUCGAGAUGGGACAUUGUCAAUUGGCGAUGAAAUAUUAGAAGUCAAUCGAAUUGUUUGUCUUAACAAGGAUCAUUUAGAACUUGCUCGCGUUUUUCACACGAUUCCAACGAAAGGAUUUCUAGUGUGUGCACGAUUUCCAAAUGAUACUUAUUCAGGGGAUAUAAAAACUGAAAGUGGAAGUGAUGAAAUGAUUGUAACCAACGCUAUUCCCUUCAAUCAUUCGUUGAGUGAUGGUGAAGUGCCUUCAGUUGACUUCGAGGAACAGAUUUCCGAUAAACAUUCGUCUAAUGAAUUAUAUUCAGAAAGCAAAGAAGAUUUAAUGCUUGAAAUAAUCAACGUAAAUGAAACUGAUCAAAAUUAUAGUUCUGAUAUAGACGACAGUCAACAACCAAUAAGACUGCUGACCAUUACAAACACUGGUCUUAAUACUUCAGCUUUGCAAACUGCCUUUCAAGUAGAACAAAUAAAGUUGGACGAUGAUCAUGAUGAUGAUGAUGAUAAGAUACCUGAAAGCCCUAUAGUAGAACCAGUUGUAAAUGAGACGAAUUCAGAGGAGCAAAUAUCUACUGAAUGUGUUACAACCAAUUUAUUCCCGCGUCUUCCUAUGGCAGAAAAGGUAGCAAACUUUACAAGAAAAAAUUCCAACAAGAAAUUAGCGUCUCGUCUGUCCUGUGAAAUUCCUCAAAGUACAAAGGAUCACUCAGAUAAUGGUAUCCAGUUAAAUGACAUAAUAAAUCAAGAUGAGAUAGUAUCAGUAAAAGUUAUGAAAAAGGCAGGGGAAAUACUUGGUUUGGAACUUGAAAUGGAAAAUGGUGAUGAAAGAGGUAUACCACUGGCGUACAUUACACCUGGAAGUCCAGUCGAUCGUCUGAAAUGUCACAAUAAGAAUAAAUCAACAGAAUAUUUGCGAAGUGACUCCUACUACACCAAUCAAUCAGAAGCUUCGUGUGAUGAUAUUCAAUACACCCGUGUGCCAAUCCCAGGAGAUCGUAUUCUAAGUGUAUCCGACUACAGUUUUCAGCAUAUAUCUGCUUUCACAGCCUUAAGACUUUUACGGAAACUUAUAUCAUAUUCUGGCUUUAUAAAGAUCAACUUUAUUCCACAAGAAUUUUCUGGGUGUAUUCAAGAAGCCAGAUACAUUUUUGAUUGUAUUAAAUUAAAAAUUGUCAUUGAUAAAAUGAAAACGAGCACUUCAUACUGUACAGACAAACAACAAUCUUCUUAUCCUAUUUUACUACCUAAACCACUUUCACAUAAAAGACCUUUAUUUGACCAUGUAAAAACUGGAAAAUAUAAUAUGAAGAAUUGGAAUUACCAGUUGUUAGCUGCACAAAUCGGUGCUCAGGCAGCUGAUUACGCUGCUGCUAGAUAUAAUCAUACGACAGAGGCGUUUUCAUUCAACAAAAGUGAGCCGAAUUCCUAUUCUGAAUCUUCGCUUCGUCCUUCUUUUGCAACGACAUCCAAAUCAAAUUUAUUUCUUUACAGUGGCAUAACAACACUUAAAAUAAACCCAUCAUUACAUACUGUCAGACCUGUUACGGGAUAUUUAUUAGAAGGAUCAAAUUCACUUUUCUUCACGAAAGACUUGCCACCAGCAAAUGCAGUAUUGCUUCCAGACAAUAAACUAGUGAAUUUCAGAAAGACUAUCCGACGUUUUGACGACAAUUUCUGUAAUAAGAUUCGAAGGUCUCAUGCCAAUAUUAUUUCCGCCGGUUUGUCAGAAUACAAUGAACCUCCUUGGACAAUUGGGAAAUUACAUUUAAGACCAGUUAACAAAAUACUUCAUCUGUGGAAUCCUGAGGAAUCAUCACAUCAUCAUUCUCCUAUUCUGGAAACUGCAAGUUCUCUACCAAACUUAGGCAUUCUACGUUAUUCCUCUUCAAGCACUAAUGUAAUCAAGACUGUAAGUUACAAAGACAGUCCGUCUAAAGAUGUUUCUCAACCAAAGAAUGACUGGAAGUAUAAAAAGAUUAAAUCGGACUUAUCAAUAAAGAAAAACAAAUGUUCAAAUGAACCUAAACAUUGUUCAUUUAAAUUUAAAGAAAGCCAAUCGAAUAGUGAAACAGAUGUAGCAAGUAAUAGUGAAUCUAGUGAUAGUUAUUCAACCGAAAAUAUUUAUAUAGAGAUAAAAGAAAAGAAAUAUUUACCUGUCUGGUCAGAACCAUUCGUUGUAUGCGUGCAGAGAAAUACUUAUCAGAUGCUGGGAUUUUCAGUGUCAUGUUUACCCAGCUUAUUUGGCCAAAAAGAAGAUGGGUUAUUAUUUAUCAGUGGCAUCUCUCAUAAUGAUAACAGUCAACUACAAGUUGGAGAUUGUAUUUUAUCAGUAAAUCAAGUAGAAUUGAAAAAUUUGGACACAGUCAAGUCAGUUGAAUUAUUAAAAACUGUACUGCCACCAGUUUAUUUGCAAGUUCAAAGACUGAACACAAUAAAUCUGCGUGACAACAUUGAUUAUGUAGAGGAUUUAUCAUCGACGGAUACAUUUACAGAGGAUGAUAUUGAAAUUAUCCAAAGAAUCAUCAACGAUUUUGAAGAGCGUGUCUUCAAUAACCAAAUGAAAUUUCAAGAUCAAUCUAAACUUUCUAUGACAGACAACACUGAAACAUAUAAUAAACAGCAAAGUAUCACUGAAGAUAAUAUGGAAAAUGUUGAUAUACAGGCUAAAAUCCAAAUGCCGAAUCGAUGUGCCAGAGUGUUACGUCGGAAAGUAUUGCAAUGGUUGCAUACAAAUCAGGUAAUGAAACUGCUAAAAGGUGGUAUAAAUCCAACGAAUAAAGAAAAAGUAAAUACUACUGGAGAAAAUUCAAACAAACAAAGCGAUUCAGAAAAGGAUGACAGUACAUUGUAUGGAGACGACGAAAGUGAGGAUUCUUUCAGUGAUGACGAAGAUGCUUGGGAGAAGGGUAAAGUUCCAAAAUAUUUGCUGAACAAAUACAGUGAACUGCCUGGAGAAAUCAUGACUUUUGAAUUACCUUUGAGCAAUUUACCUGUUGAAGCUGGGCAUAAUAAGAAGAUGAGUCUGGGUCUCAAACUUGCUGGGAGCAGAGAUCUUAAUCAGAUGAGUGUCUUUGUUUGUGGGAUUCAACCUGGCAGUAUUAUUGACCGUGAUGGGCAUAUAGAAGUUGGAGAUCAAUUGCUAGAGGUCAAUAAUCAAAUGUUAUAUGGUCUUAGCCACUUAAAUGCUGCACCACUGAUUAGAUCAAUUUAUAUGGAAGCGAUUGGAAGAAGCAACAAUAUCUUUCGACGGUCUAAAAUUAAUGGUUUAAGGUUUGUGGUUCAGCGUCAUCCAGCUAACAUAAGCCUUAUGGCAUCGAUUGUCGUCAACCACCACAAUGAUCAUUCAUCUGGUCGAUCUAGUAGACAUAACAGUGUAGAGACAACAGUUAGUACACUACCUUCACCAGUAAGGAAUGUAAAUAAAGCUAAGGAAUCAAUAGAACUGAUGAAUAUUGCAUUUGGUGGAUCUCAUGGACCUUUAGUUCAACAAACACAUUCCACUACAUUGUACCGGGGUUCUAAAGGUUAUGGUUUUGCUAUAAUGGAAGGAAGUCCAACAAAUGAAGACGGGAUAUAUAUUAAACAGAUAAUUGAAGGUGGCCCUGCAGAAAAGGAUGGUGUUUUAUGCUCAGGAGAUAGACUGAUCAAAGUAAAUAAGAAAGAUGCAACUAAUGCAUCGUAUGACACUGUUUUAGAAUGGAUAAGAGCGGCAAAAAAUGUUCUUCAGCUUCAAGUUACACGGUGGUCUUUCAGCACGCAAACCACUACAGAAGGAAAAUCAUCAAAUAAGCGUUUCUCUGAACCUUCUGUAUUACAGACAGCAGCAGCUGCUUUAUUUGGCAAAGACUUAGACAGUAAGAAAUUUCUGUCAUCAGUAAGCAAUUUCGGAGAUUUGAUAAACCAAAAAAGACUAAGCAUACUGCCUUCAACUGAAAAUGCCGUAAACUGGUUAUCACCCAGUCAAAUCGCAUCUAGAUAUCGUCGUGCAAGUUCUCCAAGCUUCAGCUAUAAACCAGAAUACAUUCCUCAUUCCACUUUGGAACCCAUUCUUAACUAUUCUACAACAUCAAUAAAUGUCCCAUCGGAAAGUGGAAAUUUUGAGAAGAUUUCUGUUUUGAUAAAUGAUGAACCAGAAAUGGCCUCAACAACUCGUCCAAUCAAGCCUGGAGUUGAAACAGAGAUUUAUAUGGCUAUUAAUGGUUCAUGCAGUCUGGGUAUAGGUUGCAUAGGAGGAAGUGAGACAGCACUGAAUGUUCCAGUUAUACAUGAAAUCUACCCAAACGGUACAGCAGCUAAAGAUGGGCGUCUUCGUCCUGGAGACAGGAUUAUGAGUGUUAACCACAUGUCAUUACUCGGCCUACCAUUUUUAGAAGCUAUGCAUAAACUUCAAAUGGCUUACAUCAACAAAUUAUUCAUGAUAAAAUCAGAUUGUAAAGAAGAAAACGAAAAUGUACCUGUACUUUCAAACGAUCCAAUCUAUUUUAAUCUAACAAUAUUCCGACCAACAGAACAAAAUGAAGAUUGGUUCGAUCAAGAAUUAGUAAUUGAACUAAACAAGAAAUCAGGGAAAGGUUUAGGAAUCUGCAUCGCAGACCGAUGUGUACAUCUUAAAGCAGCUGACGUUUCAUUGGAAAAAGACAAUGAGAAGAUUCGAAGCCAUUCAGAUACAAAUGCAACAGAAGUCCAAACGUCGUAUGGUGUCAUUGUAACUGAAAUAAUAAAAGGUUCAUUGGCAGCAACGGAUGGUCGCCUUAUGCCAAAUGAUCAAAUCCUCGAGGUGAAUGGAAGAAACACAAGAGGCCUUAGCAGUGAAAUAGUCGGUGCUUUGUUAAAGGCUGCUCCUUGCAAAGUCAUCCUCAAAGUGGAGAUGAAUCAUAUCAGGAAAGUGGCAGCUUACUUUGACGAGGACAUUCAACAUAAAUUCAUCAUUCAAUGGUGCAAACAACACUACAUGGGUUUAGUCACUACUCUAUAG